UUGGCUUUCCGCCACUCUUAGAUGCGGUAGAUUUGGAUAUAUGAAAAAUAUAUAUCCAAAUCCACCCAUUUUGCAAAAAACCCGACCAUUUUUCGUUAGUUUUAACAAAAGCCGCUAAACUGCAGAAUCAAAAUAUAUUAUUCUAAUAGACCAAGAGAUUUGGCAGAUUUUGCUGUCCCAGUUCUUUUUCGGCACGAUAGUACAUUGGUUGGGUUGUGUUGGGUUGUAAAAGAUUGACCCAGCGCUCGAAUAAAACUUACAUUGGUUAGAUACAAAUGGAAAUUAUAAAUAAUAAUCCAGGGAACCAGAAUUAUGUGAAGUUGACAGAAUAAGGAGUUAUACGUAUAAAAACAAUGCGCUUACCAUUUCGGUUUAUUUUUAUUUUUAUUUUAAUUAUUUUCGUUGUAAACGGAGUUUCAGUUACAAAAAAUACGAAACACGAGAAAGUCCAAGAUCAAGAAUACUGGUAUGAACAAGCUCGUAUAGCUUUAAGGAAACGCCUUCAGUAUACUACAGAUAGAAGACCAUACGCCAAAAAUGUUAUUUUAUUUGUCGGCGAUGGAAUGGGUAUAGGAACUACCACUGCUUCCCGAAUACUCAGCGGUCAAAGAUUAGGAAAAAGCGGAGAAGAUCAUGAACUAACCUGGGACACGUUUCCUGCAGUCGCUUUAGCAAAGACCUACAACAUGGAUGCACAAAUUGGGGAAUCAUCAGCGUGCGCUACCGCUUUAAUGUGCGGGGUCAAAACAAACUUUGAAACAGUUGGACUGGACGCCAGAGGCAGAUUUGAAAAUUGUUUUUCCAGUUUCUCAUCUAGAGUCCCAUCCCUGAUAGACUGGGCACAAGAAUCGGGAAAGUCAACUGGAAUAGUAACUAAUACAAGAAUAACGCAUGCUACUCCAGCUGCUCUGUAUGGUCAUGCUCCUUCGCGGUAUUGGGAAGAUGAUUCAAAGGUUCCACCAGCUUCUAGAAAAUCAUGCAAAGAUUUAGCAAGGCAGCUAAUUGAGAAUGACCCUGGCAGAAAUAUUAACGUUUUACUUGGAGGUGGUCGACGGCAUUGGCUUCCUAAAGUCGCCUACGAUCCAGAACUAACUAAGGAAGAAGGUCGCCGACUGGAUGGACGUAACUUAAUCGAUGACUGGUUAAGAGAAAAGAAGAAGCGCGGUCUUAAAGCAGAAUACGCCUGGAACAAGGGUCAUCUCGAAAAGCUUAAAGCGAGCGAGGUCGAUUACUUAUUAGGACUAUUUUCUUAUUCCCACAUGGACUUUGAUGUUGACCGAGAUCCAGGCCCAGCGGGAGAUCCGUCGCUUGCAGAUAUGACUCGCUCGGCGCUCUCAAUCCUGCUAAAGAAUCCUAAGGGAUUCCUUUUAGUUGUCGAAGGUGGCCGCAUUGAUCACGCCCAUCAUUACAACAAUGCUUAUAGAGCGCUAGAUGAGACUCUUGCGAUGGAUACAGCAGUUUUAGCUGCCUUAGAGAUGGUGAAUCCAACAGAAACUUUAAUAGUCGUUACAUCUGAUCAUUCUCACGUUUUAACUAUGGGAGGACAAGCCACACCUAGAGGGCAUCCAAUUCUUGGAUCAGACAGUAAAGUUUCAGAUGUAGACGGACAACCGUAUACAACGAUACUUUAUGGCAACGGUCCGGGUUUCGCAACUCCCCGGAUUGUGCCUAUGAAUACAAGUUCCGCUGUGGAAGACAAGAAUCAAGUGCACGGGUCCGCUGUCCCGAGGCAAUGGGGAACUCAUGCAGGAGAAGACGUCCCCGUUUACGCUUUAGGACCUUUGGCCACCACCUUAUUUGCAGGAACCUUUGAUCAAAGCUAUAUACCACAUGCCAUAGCCUACUCAGCAUGCAUAGGAGAACACCGUCUGCGAUGUAAAGGACUUGAUAACUACGCACAUCCUCCUGUACAAAAUUGUACAAAUCCGGAGGUUACCAGCAACUCGGUUCACGGACAACCACUUGUAGUGGCUUCUAGUGUAAGAUCAGAUGAUAAUAAUCAUCGAGUGAAAUCAAAAAGUGUUAAAAUUACGGUAGGUAGAUUAAUUAAUAUGCCGGCUAUCCUGGGACUUAUUGUUAUUAUGUUUAAGUAAAAUAAAAAAUAAAGCAACUAUGGAUA